AUGGGACUGUGGGGCCGUGUUGUCCCAAAAACUGUAGAGUUUUCUCUCUUGGGUGACUGGCUUAACAUCUGUCGACGCCAUCAUACAGAGCCCUGCGAUGACUCCAAGCAACAGCGAUCUUUGACGAAGUUGAAUGGGUUCCAACUGGUCGAUUGUGAGCGUCAAAUGGUUGUUCCAGCGACAGGUACUGUGAAAUAUUCUGCACUAAGCUAUGUAUGGGGCUCCCCAAAAAGUUUAGAUUCUAAACCAAACGCAGAGAACUGGCCUCGUGUAGUGAGGGACGCAGUGCUAGUGACCAAGACCCUUGGAUUAGGAUAUCUGUGGGUGGACAAGCACUGCAUUAACCAAGAAGAUAGCAAGCAUAAGGACGAACAAAUAGCCAUGAUGGAUCAAAUAUACGAAAGAGCCAAUGUCACGAUCAUUGCAGCAGCAGGCCAAGAUGCUCAUGCCGGCUUGCCUGGAGUUGGAACGCAGCUUCUAGUCUCUACUAUGCAACACCCUCGUCGUAGUAUCAUGCAAUCGACAUGGUUCACUCGUGGGUGGACUUACCAGGAGGCUAUUCUCUCAAAGAGAAGAUUAUUUUUCACGGAGGAACAGGUUUACUUCGAAUCUCUCCAAAGCUCACGUUUGAUUCAGACAUUUUGA